CCGGGACCCGUACGGACCUCCGGCGAAGAUGGCGGUCUCCGUGUUUGGGCUUCUUCGUUGGCGGCUCCGGCCCCGAUCGGGCCAGCUACCCACCAUACAGAGUGUCCGCCAUGGCUCCAAGGCUGUCACCCGACAUUUUCGAGUUAUGCACUUUGAGCGGCAGAAACUAAUGGCACUGACCCAGUAUAUCCCCCCCAAACCUGCCAUUCCCCCAAGUUGCUUGCCUUCCCCUUCCGAGGCACCCCCACAGGAAUCGGGCUUGAAUCGACUGCUUCUGAGAGAGGUGACAGAAGUUUUCAGGAAAAACCGAAUGAUUGCUGUUUGUCAGAAUGUGGCCCUGAGUGCUGAGGACAAGCUCCUUGUCAAGCAUCAGCUUCGAAAACACAACAUCUUUGUGAAAGUCUACCCCAAUUCAAUCCUGAGGCCAUACCUGGCAGAAUCCAAAUAUCAAAACCUGCUACCCCUCUUUGUCGGGCAUAACAUGUUGCUGGUGAGCUCAGAACCCAAGGCCAAGGAGAUGCUUCGAGUCUUGAAGAGCGUACCAGUCCUACCACUACUUGGUGGCUGCAUUGAUGACACCAUCCUCAGCUCUCAAGGUUUCCUGAACUAUUCCAAACUGCCCUCCCAAGCUUUGAUUCAAGAGGAGUUGGUAGGGGGCCUGACCCUCCUGACAUCUCAGACCCACUCCCUUCUACAACAUCAGCCCCUUCAGCUGACUGCCAUGUUGGAUCAGUAUAUCAGACAGCAACAAAAAGAUGGUGACAGCACAGUGCCCAGCAGUGGAGAGCCAGCUUCCCUUGACCCUGUAACAGACACUUAACUGGGCAUAUCUCACCCUCUCUAUAAAUAUUCUUUGACCCAAAAGA